UCGCGGAACGCCGGAAGCCGCUAGUUGCUCCGUAGCGGCCGAAGGGGCGGGCUCGAGGGCUGAGGGACCCCUAAGCUGCUCGCGGCUCCCUCAGCGGUGCAAGAUGGCGGACAUCUCCCUGGACGAGCUAAUCCGGAAGCGUGGGGCUGCGGCGAAGGGGCGGCUCAGUGCCCGACCAGGAGUUGGAGGUGUUCGAUCUCGUGUUGGGAUCCAACAGAGCCUUCUCAGCCAGCCAGCACGCACGGCCACUUUCCAGCAGAGAUUUGAUGCUCGGCAGAAAAUUGGCCUCUCAGAUGCCCGGCUCAAGCUGGGAGUCAAAGAUGCCCGGGAAAAGCUUUUGCAGAAAGAUGCCCGGUUCCGGAUCAAAGGGAAAGUGCAAGAUGCCAGAGAGAUGCUGAACUCCCGCAAACAGCAGAGCACGGUGCCCCAGAAGCCUCGCCAGGUGGCCGACGCCCGGGAGAAGAUCAGCUUGAAGCGGAAUUCCCCUGCUGCCUUCAUGAGCCCACCCAUUGGGACGGUGACCCCUGCUCUGAAGCUCACUAAAACCAUCCAGGUUCCACAGCAGAAGACCAUGGCACCAAUUCAUGCUCAUCCUGCUGGAAUGAGGAUCAACGUCGUCAAUAACCACCAAGCCAAACAGAAUUUAUAUGACCUAGAUGAAGAUGAUGAUGUUGUAGCUCCUAUUCCUAGUAAACAGAUGAAAUUUGCAGCCUCAGGCAGCUUCCUCCACCAUGUGGCCGGGCUGAGCAGUUCCAAGCUUUCUGUAUCCAAGGCCCUUCCUCUCACCAAAGUGGUUCAGAAUGAUGCAUACACAGCUCCUGCUCUCCCCUCCUCUGUUCGAACAAAAGCCUUGACCAACAUGUCCCGGACACUAGUGAACAAGGAGGAGCCCCCCAAAGAGCUGCCGCCUGCUGAGCCUGUCCUCAGCCCUUUGGAAGGCACCAAGAUGACCGUGAAUAAUCUGCACCCUCGAGUCACUGAGGAGGACAUUGUUGAGCUUUUCUGUGUGUGUGGAGCCCUGAAGCGGGCUCGGCUGGUCCAUCCUGGGGUAGCAGAGGUGGUCUUUGUGAAGAAGGAUGAUGCCAUCACCGCAUAUAAGAAGUAUAACAACCGGUGUCUGGACGGGCAACCAAUGAAGUGCAACCUUCACAUGAAUGGGAACGUUAUCACCUCAGACCAGCCCAUCCUGCUACGGCUGAGUGACAGCCCCUCAGUGAAAAAGGAAAGUGAGAUGCCUCGCAGGGUGAAUUCUGCCACCUCACCCAACCCUCCUGCUGAAGUGGACCCUGACACCAUCCUGAAGGCACUCUUCAAGUCCUCAGGGGCCUCUGUGACCACGCAGCCCACAGAAUUCAAGAUCAAACUUUGAGUGGGGGAGUGAGACAGCCAGGGGGCAGAGGAGGGUGGCUCUGUUUCCCAAAGCAAAGAUUGUGACCAAUGGGCCGUUGGACUGGGGGCCCCUGAGCAUGAAGGGUCGCUGAGGGGUAGAGAGCUUCCUCACUGGACGGUACCCGCCUUUCUGUGUUGUGUUCUACUCUGUGCUCUUCUCUACGUUAACAUUUCCUGUAGUAUGUUUCUUCUCUCUCCGCCUUGUCACCAAGGUAGGCUUCUGUUGCUCACAGUGUCUCCCCCUAACCUCAGCCCCAAAUUGAUUUUUUAAAAUCUGGAAAUGGUGCCCUAAAUUCUCUGGAUAGCUUUCUUGUGGCCUCGUGGAAUGCAGGGCAGGGGCUGUUUGAAGGACAGUGCUUUCUCCAGCUGUGAGAGGUUGACUCCCCCAUUCUCUUUUUUAAACUUUUCAAACAAAGUGGGGAUUGGAAGCCCCUGCCAUCCUAAUAGGAACCAGCUGCCAUCCUAAUAGGAACCCAGUCAGCCCAAGAGCUGUGUUGCACACUCUCCUGGUCAAUAGAGAUGGCCCAGAUGGAGAUCAGGUCACAGGCCUCUUGUCCUCUCACUGCGAUUGACUCCAGGCCAAUCUGCUAGGCACAAGCCUGGAAAGUAUACAGGGGACCUGAGACACUAAGAGCCUCUUAUGAGCUGCUUGGGGCCAGCCCAGUGAAGAAAAACUUGGAAACUCAGGUUUCCACAGAGUUCAGUCUGUCAAGCACGAAGGACCCAGGGUUGAACCAGCGUAGUCCUUUAGCUCUGAGGUUGCCCAGGCCUGGGUAGUGCAAGGAAUGUGCCUGAUGGUGCUCCACUCUCCAGUUAUUUAAAGAAUGCUGCUUUUGUUCCCUUCUACCCCUUUGAAUAGGUGCAGACUUAGUUCUCUUCAGCAGCUGGAAGACAUUCCUUCUACACUUUCCCCUUCUUGGCCCCAGAGAGCACCCACAAGACAAUAGGACCUGGUUUCUCAGGUGCUGGGGACAGUCAGAUCACUGCUUGGACUCUGCUUCCAGUAGGGAUGGUAAAUAUCCUGCCUGCAUGGCUUUACCCUCCCGUCUCCCCUCCAGUCCCGUGCCAGGCUGCUCUGGUUAUCACAGGGCUUCACUGAGCCUAGCCGCAGCCACCUGGCCAUCAGGACCCUGUCCUCUGGGUAGCCACAUGGUACAUUGUGGGAUAGAGCCUGUUCGCAUACCCUAUUCUACAGGAUGUCAUCGUGGGAAAUAGAAGGUGGUGGGCCAAUCCUGUGUCCCUCUCCACCUCCCACUCCCUUGCAUUCCCCACCUGUGUCUCAUUUGUUCAAAAGGAGAGGAAGAGGCAUUAAGGGAUGGAGGAGACUAUGUGUUACUUACCCAUUUCUGAAUAAACAUUUGUUAUUCCUA